AUGUCCACCGACGCUACCUCCCCCGCCCCAGCGGCUGCCAAGCCUGCCGCUCCUGCCGCAUCCACUCCCAACGCUGAGGCUCCCGCUGCCGCUCCUGCUCAACAACAACCUUCAGCUUCAGCCAGUCUUUACGUUGGUGAGCUUGACUCUAGCGUCACCGAGGCUAUGCUCUUCGAGAUCUUCAACAUGAUCGGUCCUGUUGCCUCUAUCCGAGUCUGUCGAGACGCUGUCACCAGACGAUCCCUCGGAUAUGCCUACGUCAACUACCUCAACGCCGCUGACGGUGAAAGGGCCCUCGAGCACCUCAACUAUUCCCUCAUCAAGAACAGACCUUGUCGAAUCAUGUGGUCCCAAAGAGAUCCAGCUUUGAGAAAGACUGGUCAAGGAAACAUCUUCAUCAAGAACUUGGAUGAGGGUAUCGACAACAAGGCUCUUCACGAUACUUUCGCUGCUUUCGGUGACAUCCUUUCUUGUAAAGUUGGUACCGACGAGACCGGAAAGAGCAGAGGUUUCGCCUUUGUCCACUACUCCACCGGCGAGGCUGCCGAUGCUGCUAUCAAGGCUGUCAACGGAAUGCUUCUCAACGACAAGAAGGUUUUCGUUGGUCACCACGUCGGAAAGAAGGAGCGACUCUCCAAGGUCGAAGAGCAACGAUCUCAAUUCACCAAUGUUUACAUCAAGAACCUCGACCCAGAAUUCACCGACGCUGAAUUCGAGGAACUCGUUAAGCCCUUCGGUGCUACCGUGUCUGUCGCUUUGAGCAAGGAUGAGUCCGGUGCCAGCAAAGGUUUCGGUUUCGUCAACUUCGAAUCUCACGAAGCCGCUAGACAAGCUGUUGAUGAGCUCAACGACAAAGAUGUCAAGGGACGAAAACUCUACGCCGGACGAGCUCAAAGCAAACUCGAGAGAGAGAGCGAGUUGAAGAAGAGUCACGAGGAGAAGAGAAUGGAGAACGAGGCCAAGUCUGCUGGUGUCAACCUUUACAUCAAGAACCUCGAUGAUGAAUGGGAUGAUGACCGACUCCGAGCUGAAUUCGACUCUUUCGGUACCAUCACCUCUUGCAAGGUCAUGAAGGAUGACCACGAUGUCUCAAGGGGCUUCGGUUUCGUCUGCUUCUCCGCUCCCGAGGAAGCCACCAAGGCUGUCUCCGAGAUGAACGGUAAAAUGAUCGGUACCAAACCUCUUUAUGUCGCUCUCGCCCAACGAAAGGAUGUCCGAAGACAAGCUCUCGAAUCUCAAAUCGCUCAACGAAGCAACAUGCGAAUGCAAUACGGUCCCGGUGGAUUCGGUGGUAUGCAAGGUUACAUGGGUCAACCCGUCUACGGUUACCCUCCUAUGCCAGGUUACGGUCAACCCAUGCCUGGUAUGCCCCCUAUGAGAGGUCCUAUGAUGGGUUACCCCGGUGGUCCUCAAAACGCCAUGCAAUCCAGACCUCGAUACGCUCCCGGUGGUCAACCUAUGCCUGGUGCUCCUUACGGUGGACCUCCUCCAAUGGGUGGUGCUUACGGUGGAGUUCCUCCUCAAUACCCUGUCCGACCCGGUGGUGCUAGAAUCCCUGCCGCUCCUUCUACCAACGGUCCUCGAGGUGCCGGUGGUCCCAGCCCUGUCGGUGCUCCUCAAGGUCUCCCUCGAUCCAACGGUCAAGCUAGACCUCAAGAAGCUCAAUCUCAAGCUCCUCGACUGGAUUCCCAAACUUUGUCUCGAGCUAACCCUGCCGAGCAAAAGCAAAUGUUGGGUGAAGCUCUGUACCCCUUGAUCUUCGAGACUCAACCUGAUCUUGCUGGUAAGAUCACUGGUAUGUUACUCGAAAUGGACAACGCCGAGCUCUUGCAUUUGGUCGAAUCCCCUGCUGCUCUCCAAGACAAGGUCGAUGAGGCUCUCCGAGUCCUCGCUGAGUGGGGCAAAGGUGAUGAGAAAGCCAACGGUGAUGCCAUCGAGGCCAAGGAGGAGGUCAAGGAGGAGAAGGCUGAGUAG